UGGAAGAACAUUUCUCUUAACCUUGAAAAAGCACAUGCAUGUCCUUCAUUCAAUAUACCUGCCUCUCACGUGUCAGCCACAUCCUCUCUUUCCUUCUUUUUAAGGGACUUUUCCUAACAAAUCAAAAUACUAAACACUUUUACCCUUCCCUUUCACAAGAUUUCUCUUACCACUUUGCACCAAAAAAAAAGUCACUAAUUUUUCUCACUUUUCCUUUCCCUCUCACAAGACUUAGUAGUUUCCUUUUCUUUCCAUUUUUUUGGCAUGUUGUUCCUAAUCUCUUUACUACUCAAAAAACUCCUUUAAACAUUCAUAUAAUACACCACAAGAGAGAAAAAUAUAUGUAGAGAAGAAAAAGAAAAAAACAUUGGAAAAAAAUACACACAAAAGCUUAUGAUGCUAUUGCUAGCCAUAACUAUAACUUAUCAAGUGUCCAAAUUUUCAAGUAAAUCUUUAACUUGGUUACUUUAAAUUCUAGGACACAAUUUACAUCACCAUGUCCUCUUGUCAUAAUAAGACAAACAACCUUAAAGAAGGUUUGAAAGAGAAUUCACACAACAAAAUCAGGAAAAGAAACUGUUCAUCUUCAUCAUCAUCAUCUUUAGCAAGAAAAUACAGAUUCAAGAGAGCAAUUUUGGUUGGAAAGAAAGGAGGGUCUACCACACCAGUUCCACUGUGGAAAACUAGUUCUACAACUUCACCUUCUAUGGAUACUGCUACUCAACAGGUUUUUCACUCUUCAGCUUCAGGGUUAGGUUCUAAAGACAAAGAGAAAGAGAUUUCUGUUUCAGCUAGAAAACUUGCUGCUACUUUGUGGGAAAUCAAUGAUAUGCAACAAUCAAGUGUUAAGAAGGAAUUUGAAGUUGAGCAAAUGAGAAGCUGCAAGGAAACAACUAUUAGAAGAAGAGAAAAAGCUGUGAGCUUAUCUAGAUCAGGUUUGUUGAGGCCACUUAUGUCAGAUCCAUGUAACAGUCCUAUUUCAGAGAGAAUGAAAGGAUUUGAAAGUGAUGGAUACAGAAGAACAGGGUUAUCUCAUCAUCCACUUCGUUCUGGUGUGGAUGCUCAUACCAGUGAGAAUUGUAGCAAAAAUGCGGUUGGAGUUAAGAGCCGUCUGAAGGAAGCUAGAAGUGGCCUGUCUACAUCGAAGAAGGUUCUUAAGGUUUUAAAUCAAAUGUGUCAUCGAGAGAAGCAGUCGUCAACAAUGGCCCUCGUAUUGGCUCUCGGAAGUGAGCUUGAGCGAGUCUGUGGCCUAAUUGAUAAACUGAUCCAAGAAGAGCGCUCAAACUCGAACCAAGAUGAUAUUGAAGAUGUGGUGAAGCAUUUUGUAGAAGAAAAGGCUGCAUGGAAAAGAAGAGAAAAAGAAAAGAUUCAUGAUGCCGUAAAAAUUGUAGCUGAAGAGCUUAUGGUGGAGAAGAAGUUAAGAAAACAAACUGAAAGGUUGAAUAAGAAGAUUGCCAUAGAAAUGGCUACCAUAAAAGCUUCUCACAUGGAAGUAUGCAACGAGCUCGAAAGGGAGAAACGUGCAAAAGAGAUUCUGGAGCAAAUUUGUGACGAAUUAGCUAGAGGUAUUGGGGAAGAUAAAGCACAGGUGGAGGAAAUGAAAAAGGAGUCAGUUAAAGUUCUCGAAGAAGUGGAAAAGGAGAGGGAAAUGCUUCAGCUAGCGGAUAUUCUGCGUGAGGAGAGAGUCCAGAUGAAGUUGUCAGAGGCUAAAUAUCAAUUCGAGGAGAAAAAUGAUUUCCUAGAAAAGCUUAGAAACGAGCUUGAGAACUUUAUAAAAACUAGAGAUGAAGAAAAUGGAGAUAUUUCUCCCGGGAGUUCAAAAUUCAACGAUCUCGAGACUUAUUUCAAUAACAUUUGUCAGGGAUUCCAAAAUGCAGAGAAGGUGAAUGAUUCGGAUGAGGACGGCAGUGAUCUCGUUUCCAUUGAAUUAAACAUGAAUAACGACAAUAGAGGCUACGAGUGGAGUUAUGGAAGCGAAAAGGACGCUCAAAACGACUCAAAAAGAGUUUCAACUGACAAAGAAAGUACAGGAAGGAAAUCCUCUGAGAGAAUUCAAUGGGGAAGUAUUUGCUUCAACAAGAGAAAUUCCAGUUUUAAGAAGAGGGAUUUGCCUAUAAAUAUUCAAGAAUUUUGCGAUCAUUUGGAUCUCUCUCGAGCUCGGAUACAAGACAAUAACGAAGGAACUCCGAGAAAUAGGUCUAUUUCGGAUGCUAAUCAUGUUCACAGAAAAGAUAAUCAGUUAACUUUGCAGUGUAAUAGUAAAGAAGCUGGAGAAAAUGCUCUUCUUGCCCUGCAAGGUGAAAAUUUGAAGCAAGAAGAGAAAAAAUCAAGAUGUUACUUAAAGAGUUUUGACAGUGAUAGUUAGCAACUUAUUAUUAUCAUUGAUAUAGCUUCUAUUAUUUUAAUUUUUGUUCCAAAUUGUAAAUGUUGUCUUUCAUGUAUUGAAUAUGUUAAAAACUUAUCAUUGGUAAUAUUUGUUAAAACUAUAUAGCAAGAAACAAACAUGUAAAUAUUGAACAAGUUGUUAAAUUAUUGGCUAGUCACUA